AUGUCACCAACCCGGAGUCCGUGGACGGAGGAUUACCAUGGACACACCCUCGAACUCGUUACCCGCUCCCCACCGACAUUGCGGCCCCACCAGUCAUCCUCUGUGACCUGUCCCCCACCAACCUUCUCCACCUCGCCACGGCGGUAUAAUAACCUGGCCUCCCCCAAAUUCCGCCACUCAGCAGCUCAGGCGAGCAGCGGAGCCGAGCAGAGCCUCGAAAUCCCGACCACCAUUUGCCCUCCGGCCCACGCGGAGUCGAUCGCUUCACCGGCGGCGAGGCCGAUGGGUUCCGUCGCGGAGGACUCCGCCGCGGCAGCGGCAGCGGUAGCGGCGGCGUCGGUAGUGUUCCGCUCCAAGCUACCGGACAUCGAGAUCCCGCGCCACCUCUCGCUGCAGGUCUACUGCUUCGAGCGGCUCCCCUCGGUGUGCUCCCGCCCGUGCCUCAUCGACGGGCAGACGGGCGCCGUCCACACCUACGCCGACGUGGAGCGCCUCUCGCGGAGCGCCGCGGCGGCGCUGCGCGGGCUCGGGGUCGGGAAGGGCGACGUGGUGAUGAACCUGCUCCGCAACUGCCCCGAGUUCGCCUUCGUCUUCCUGGGCGCCGCGCGGCUGGGCGCCGCCACCACCACGGCCAACCCGUUCUACACCCCGCACGAGAUCCACCGCCAGGCGGCCGCGGCGGGGGCCAAGGUGAUCGUCACCGAGGCCUGCGCCGUGGAGAAGGUGCGCGGGUUCGCCGCCGAGCGCGGCGUGCCCGUGGUCGCCGUCGACGGCGCCUUCGAGGGCUGCCUCGAGCUCAGGGCCCUGAUGGACGCCGCGGAGCCGCUCGACGCCGACGAGGAGGUGGACCCCGACGACGUCGUCGCGCUGCCGUACUCCUCCGGCACCACCGGGAUGCCCAAGGGCGUCAUGCUCACGCACCGAAGCCUCGUCACCAGCGUCGCGCAGCAGGUGGACGGCGAGAACCCGAACCUCUACUUCAGCAAGGACGACGUGCUGCUGUGCGUGCUGCCGCUGUUCCACAUCUACUCGCUCAACUCGGUGCUCCUGGCGGGGCUGCGCGCCGGCUGCGCCAUCGUGAUCAUGCGCAAGUUCGAGAUCGGCGCGCUGGUUGAGCUGGUGCGCGCGCACGGCGUGACCGUGGCGCCCUUCGUGCCGCCCAUCGUGAUGGAGAUCGCCAAGAGCCCCCGCGUGGGCGCCCACGACCUCGCCUCCAUCCGCAUGGUCAUGUCCGGCGCCGCGCCCAUGGGGAAGGACCUCCAGGACGCGUUCAUGGCCAAGAUCCCCAACGCCAUGCUCGGCCAGGGCUAUGGGAUGACCGAGGCAGGGCCCGUGCUGGCCAUGUGCCUGGCCUUCGCCAAGGAGCCGUUCGAGGUGAAGUCCGGCUCCUGCGGCACCGUCGUCAGGAACGCGGAGCUGAAGAUCGUCGACCCAGACACCAGCGCGUCUCUGGGACGGAACCAGCCAGGCGAGAUAUGCAUCCGUGGCGAACAAAUCAUGAAAGGUUAUCUGAAUGAUCCAGAAGCGACAAAGAACACCAUUGAUAAGGAUGGAUGGCUGCACACUGGGGACAUUGGUUAUGUGGACGAUGACGAUGAGAUCUUCAUUGUUGACAGGCUCAAGGAGAUAAUCAAAUACAAAGGCUUCCAAGUACCUCCUGCAGAACUUGAGGCCCUUCUCAUCACACAUCCUGAAAUUAAGGAUGCUGCUGUUGUCUCAAUGAAAGAUGAACUUGCUGGCGAAGUCCCUGUUGCAUUCAUUAUACGGAGUGAAGGCUCUGAGAUUAGUGAGAACGAGAUCAAACAGUUUGUUGCAAAGGAGGUCGUGUUCUACAAGAGGAUCAACAGAGUUUUCUUCACGGAUUCCAUUCCGAAGAAUCCCUCCGGCAAGAUUCUUAGGAAGGACCUGAGAGCGCGGCUUGCUGUGGGCAUUCCGAUCAGUGACAACACACAGUCCGAAAGUUGA